AUGAGACUAAUUACGAAGCUUAGAACUUUGACGGGAGCUGGACUCGGAAGCAAUUUUGCAGGGGACGGCCAAAUGUUUGCGGUUUUUGAUGACGGACAUUCUCGCCAACUGCCUCGUCUCGUAUCUGGGCCCUUCAAGUAUGCCACCUACGCCUUUGAAAAUUUGAAAAAGUCCGCACCAUACGCUACACGAGGAUUGAAGCAGGCUGUCAUUUCACCAUCUAUGCUGUACCUGCUUUAUCCUCUGGAGGGCGAAAUAGCGGGAUAUCCGAGGAGCGCCUUCAUGCAGGAUCUAGUUGACGAAUGCGAGAAGGAUAUCCGUGGCUGUUUUGAAGCUGGUGCCCAACGGGUCAGUAUUGAUUUCACCGAGGGCAGAUUGGCCCUAAAGAAUGAUCCAUCGAAUCCUUGGACCGGUGCUGCGCUACUCGACCGCUUCAUUGACCUUAUUAACCGGGUCUUGGCGGGUUUUUCGCCCGAGGAGCGAGCCAAUAUUGGCCUUCAUACAUGCCCGGGCGGUGAUUGUGACAGCGUACACUCUGCCGACGUUCCGUACAAUCAACUGCUACCCAGUCUCUUCAAAAUAAAUGCUGGCUACUUCCUUAUUCAGCUUUCGAGCGAGACGGACAGGGAAUCCAUGUAUAGGAUAAUUGGGGAGUCAAUUCGCCAGGAUGCUGAAGGUGUAAAGCAGGUUGCUUUCAUCGGGGUCGUCAGCCCUAUAAACCCGAGGAUUGAGACACCAGAGGAGAUUGCGGAUCAGCUGGUCAUGGCCUCCCAGUAUAUUCCUAUUGAUCAGAUGGGUGCUACAGAUGACUGUGGUUUCUCGCCUUUCUCCAUCGAUGUGAAGCCGAAGCAUGGAAGCCCAGACUUGGCGAGAGACGUUGCGUUCCAAAAAAUAAGUAACAGAGUCCAAGGGACUAAGAUGGCCAGUGAACGAUUGGGUGUUUAG